GAGCCUGCAAAGGCUGAGUUGGGAACUGAGCCUGGAGAGGCUGAGCCUGGAGAGGCUGACAGCCAGCAAGUGGCUGAUCAGGAGCCUGCAAAGGCUGCACCUGCAAGUGGCUCCAAGCCUGAAAAGGCUUUGCCAGCAAUGACCACAGAGAAAGCCAAAGCUAAGGCAAAGGCCUUGCCAGCUCCUAGCAAAGCACAAUGGAAUGAUGUGCAUUACACAAUGAAGAAGCUUGAGAAAGCUGGCAAGAUGGAUUUGCCUGAGAAAUGGAAGAAAGCUUGCUUGGGAGGUCACCAAUGCAAGCGUGAGUUUUACUACCACACAUUUCACCUAGAUCCAGAGGCCAGCAAAAAAGAAGUUCAUAAGAUUAGCCUGGAAAGGCUUUCGGUGGAAUCAACCAAGUUGAGAGGUUGGUUCACCAAAUGGCAGCUUGGGGAAAUGCAAGGUGCAGUCGCCACCCACCCCAUGUUUGAACAGCUCUGCAUAGAAGCCUGCAAAGGCUUACCUGAAAGAGAUCAUGAGAAUGAAGCCUGGGCAAGGCUGGGUGUGAAACAAUACUAUUUCGAACAUUUUGAAGCUGAGAAGGAAAGGCAUGUGAAUGAAAGUACAACUGCGGCCAAGCAAACAGUGGAAGUCUCUGACAGGCAAGAUUUCCAAAAGGCAGAGAAGGCCCUCAUGGCUGAGCCAGAAAAUGGCCAAGUGGUUUUGGGAAAGAAAAGCCACAAGGCUGAGGCAGCCGCCAGUGCAGGGGAAGAAAAGCCUGAGGAGGCUUACAAAAAAGCAUACCAAAGCCUGAAUAAGGCUGCGAAGGCUUUCUCAAGUGCAGUUGACAAGCUGCAGUUGCUGAAGACAAGCUUGGCAAAAAGCAGAAGGAGCAGCCCAAUGCACAAUUGGCUGCCAGUGUAG